AUGCAAUCUCCGCGACGAAUUUCUCGACCGGCAUCGGCAGGGAGUGGAAGUACCUUUGAUUCGAAACCUCGAAGUCCCUUAAGUACCAGUUCUUCAAUCGACGAUAUAUCGAGCAUAGCUAGUGAUAUAUCCUCGGUAUCCAACAAUUUCUCCAUUAAAUCGUUAUCAAGAAGUUCAGUUCAUGGACCCACUAGAUCCCAGACAGAUCCUAUCUACAAUCGAUACGAUGUUGAGCCCAGACCACCAGUUCAAAUGACCUUCCUCGAGCCCCAAAGACUGAGGCAAGAACCUAUAGCUAUAUCUCGGACGACAUUUGUUUCGCAGCCAUCUUUGGGAGAGGGACUCCUUAAACUUCCCGAGGAAAUCCUUUUAGUUAUUCUGCGGGAGCUCAAGAAAUCACAUUUGAACGCGAAAAGCCUAAGUUGUGCAACAUGUUGGAUGAGAGAUUUGCAUAGUCUUGGAUUGAGCAACAAAAAAUGGUGGAGUGCUGCGAGGGUCAUAUUAUAUGAAGACAUUCAACUCGUUGGGAGUGAUUCGGUUUUACAUACGAAAAAGAAGUACAAAUCGAAAUAUGGAACUAGACUAAGACUUCUUCGACGAACCCUUCGAAGCCAGCCAGAACUUGCCAAAUAUGUCAAAUCGCUGAAAGUACCUUCACUACCAGAAUCAGCUAAAACGAAACAGGAACAGGAUGAAUAUUGGGAUUUAGUGGCUUCAGUGAUAAUGGCAUGCCCAAACUUGGAACGUGUGCCGGGAAUUUAUCAACCAUACGACCAUGAAUUUACACGAUUCUUCCAUGCCCUGGGGACACGAUCGAAACUCAUCGAGAAAGUCUGGAUUAUCGAACCGAGCGCCAUACGGCGUCUAUACAACGCUUCUGAGGAAGCCGAAACCCCUGUGAUUGUCCCAGGUCCCUUGCGCCCUGAACAAUACCUGGAUUUCUUGGGCCUUAACUCGAAUUGGCCCCAUUUGCAAACACUCGUUCUUCAUUGUAGCCCCGGUGGCAUGAUAGAUUCAUCUUUAUUCACAGACAUAUUCCAACGCCUUCCAUCUCUUCAGGAUUUAUAUAUAUCGAACUUCCCACGUACAUCUUUUAAUGAUGAGAAUCUGGUUUCUCUCCCAGCUCUCAAAAAUCUUCGGCUCGAAUCACUUCCAGGCAUAACCUCAAAUGGAUUAUCAGCCUAUGCUUCAUUGCCUAGUUCCGCCACUUUGAUCUCGCUAUCUUUGAUAUCGUUACCACUUCGAUCACUCGCCAUUUUGGCUCGAAUUUUCACUCAUCUGAAGAAUCUCAAAUCGUUCUCCUUAUCUCAAGGCCCUUCCCCUAUGCUCAAUGACCAGAAUGACAUUUUCUUACAUCCUUAUCUUGCAUCAUCUACACUCGAACGUCUCCACUGGGAAAUCACGAAUUCUGACGACGGUAAAGCUGCUGAAAUCCUUGCUAAAUCGAUCACUUUCUCCGGUUUUCCCAGUCUCAGGUCUGUUCGUGCCCCAACCGAUUCCAACGGAUUGCUACAAAGGUUAUGUAAACCAAAGGCAAGAAUCGAGUUGCCUGGGGAUAAAUAUCGAAAUUUGGGAACUAGCAAUAUUCCAAAUCGAGCGUUGACUAUGCCUGCCAGUAUACCUGUUAUGUCUCCGUCCAAUCGUCAAUCGGUAUUCUCUCGACAGAGCGAGCGUCGUGACAGUAUAAUGACCGGAAAGUCUUCAAAUUCAUCAUCAUUAUCUCUUGCAUAUGAGUCUGCUAUAGAUGGCAGCGGUAGACAUGAGACGAUGAGUCUAUUGAAUGCUAGGCAAGCAGCACAACUUCGGAUUGAUACUGCAACAACGCCACAAUUUGAUAUCAUAAUCUGGAACGAUGAGGGACAAUUCGUCGAGAGGUUCAAGCUGGGAACAUUCAUUGGGAAAGCGGAGAGUAAGGUGGUAUACAACUUGAAGCCGGAUUUUGCAGGCAGCGAUGAAUCAAUCAUGAGUAUCGAAACACUCUUGGAGAAAGGAGGAGAGUUGGGAUCUAAUGAUGGUUGUACGGGGAGCUGGAGUAUAGAUUUAGAUACAAAGUCGAAAGAUAGAAAGAAGAGAGAUUGGUGGGGGCAUACUGAAAGGGAAAGGUGGAGGGAGAUAAAAUUGGCUACUUUCUUUUAG